AUGGAUCGGUGGGGAGAUGCCGACGACCCGCUGGAGGAGCGCCCUGGAAAGGGCCGCGUCGCCCGCCUGGGCAUUGGGGGCUUCGUGAAGUCCGCUCAGGGAUCCAUCGGGACACCUGGUGCACAUGUGCAGGGAGGCGUGGAGAUGGUACCUUCCAGAAUUGAAAGAAAGAAACAGGCUGCAGUCAUGGUGCCUGCACAACGUCAGGCUUCCGCUGCCCCAAGGGCUGUGAACUUCAGGGCCCCUAGUUGGGCCACUGAGCCGUCAAGUACAGCUGCCUUGGAAGUCAUGAAGGAGGGUGCUAAAAUAGAUGAGAUCAAACUCAACAAGAAGGCUGUGCUGUUUGGUCGCAACAUUGCUGUGGACGUUGUGUUGGAGCACCAAUCCAUCUCCAGGCAGCAUGCUGCCAUCUGCUUCCGUGGGGCAGACCAGCAAUGGGUGCUCCUGGACCUGGGUUCAGUCCAUGGGACGUUUAGCAACGGUCGGAGAGUGCAGCAGAAUGAACCUGAAGUGCUGCAGCACAAAGCACAGUUGAAGUUUGGGGCAUCCAGUCGGACCUACAUUGUAAAAAAGGUUAAUUCUGGAAAAGGCGUCAAGCACCAACUCAUGGGAUCUGAAAACACUGAUGAGGGGCAGGCCAAGCGUGUGCGGUUCGCUGACGAGGCAAGCAUGCAAGCUGCAUCCAGUGGGCCACUGGAAAAGAUAAUUGGAUACUCAGAUGGCAGCCAUUUCAGCACGCAAGUGGGGCCGAGGGAUGUUUCUGGGGAGGAGGUCGGGCGCUUUCAGGAGCUUGUGACUUCAAUAGCCAUCACACGGGAGAAGAGCAAGGAGACAAGCCCGCAGGAACCCAUUGGGAAAGAGAAAAGGCCGGUGACUAAUCAGGUCGUCCCAGACAGCCUGCUGCACCCCCGCCAGAGGGGAGGCCUGUAUGACUCCAUUCCACCUCCGAGUCAAGAAAGCGACCCAAGCGCAGCCUGGGAGGCUGGACAUGAUCCAGAAAAGACGUCAUCGCAAGGGGAGUCUGGAAAGUAG